AUGACACCUCCCCGCCGUAGCCAGCGCCUUCGCACGGCGACGCCAACGCAAUGGCCCUCGUCCAGAGCCGCUGGACUUGCUCUUAGACCUCCCGCAAGAAGAAACGCCUCCGCAAUCGGUCACUCUCCUGCAAGAGACGCAUGGACAGUCUUGGCCAUGGUCACGGUCACCGUUGUGGCCAUUAUGAUCGUCUUCGAAAUUAGCCACCUUGUCGUUGUCUUCUUUUUCAUGGCUCCUCCCAAUACGGCUCCCAAUACGGCUCCCAAUACCACGGCAAAUGCUUCCCGCCUCCUCGACCGCCUUGCGCCCGUCAACUGGUCAACCGAGGCCCUUCAGAUUCAACUUGGACUUUCCAACCUUGCACGCAUCUCUUGGUUUGGAGAUACCACAACCGAGCCCUUCAUGUGGCACGGCCAGCCUGGCAUGCGCCUACCCGACGGCACCGACUUUGACGAUUUCGACCGAGGAGGCUUCAGUGACGGCUACAACAGCAGCGACUGGGACUCGGCCUCCCUGCGCAAUGACAGCCUCUUGAUGCGCUAUCGCCCGUGGGAGACGACAAGCACGGGGACCUAUGUGCCGGAGCUAGUUUUCGCAUAUGAACUCCAUCACAUCAUCUUUUCGACUUGCCACGACCUGGGGGAAAUUGCAGAUCAUGGGCCGCCGAGCUUCUACUUCACCAAUGGCUCAAGCAGCCAGUUUCGUUGGGCCACGUCGGCGGGAUCCUUCCUGCCGCCCCAUGAUGCGCUGCUGACCUUCUCGACGACGCAUUACGAAUGGAUGCUUGAUGAUGUAGCCUCUACGGUGCACGGCAUGCCUCCGGAAUCAGGCACCCGAGGCCAUCCGACACCAACUCAGCGCCCGGAAUACACCGAGUUCAUCUCCAACCUCGACCCGCCUCUCUACCACCUCUGUCGCGACAUCUACAAAAGCACCUCCCGGCUCACUAUGUUCCAUUGGUUCGCAUUCGGAUUAGGGGCCAGUCCGCUGGAACAUACCCAGGGCGAGGCUGCGAAGUACCUAUUCUUCCUGCAAAAUCUCUUUGAAGAGCAGCGUCAUGUGAACAAGACUACGUCGUGGGGUACUGAUUCUGAGCGAAUAGCGGCUUUGUAUGGGCCGUUCGAGGUCACGGCCAAGGAAACAGCAACGCCGAUAUCGUCAUCAUCAUCAUCAUCAUCAUCAUCAUCGACCACGCCGCCCCGAUACGAAGACAAUGCAGAUAUCCCGGCUGAGUUUAUCGAAGCCUGGCGAUCCGCGAUGCAGGCACGACAUAUCAGUACUGAGCAGGCUUCUUCUGCCUCUCCUGCCUCUUCUGCCUUGGCUCCAUCAUCAUCCUCAUCUGCAUCGUUUGCUCCCCGCCCACCCUCCAUCAUGCCCAUCCACCACUACGCCACACUCCAACGGUCUAAUAAGACCGCCCAUACUAUUGCCGGUGCCCUCAUUAGAAAACUCAGCAUCGAGCUCAAUCCCCUCUUUGGCCAAUUCAACUUGUAUGCAGCCAAUUUGACGACAAUCAAGGUGCUUCUCGAGCGAGUUCUGGAACGAAUCGACCAGGCCGGGGUCCUGGAUGCCGACGUUGUAGCUACCGACCCGGCCGUGGACCCGCUGCAUCACGAUCGCGUCCUGGGCGCCAUUCGACGGGUGGCCAUGGUUCGACCAUUUCUCGCCGAGGUUGCCCUUCGACGUAUCACCGAUAUGCUAGGCCGGGCUGCCCGGGUCACUUCCUUGCUAGAUCAUUUCGAUCAGAUGCAGAAAGACGCCAAGAAUCGUAUUGUUGCUACACUUGAACAGGGCAUGGUCACCUACGACGAGAAAAGAGACGAGUUCACUGGCUUGUAUAUUCCUGAUAUGCAAGACCUUGAGUGGAAGUGGGCUUAUAACUGGAUCACGAUGGAACUACAUGACUUGAAAAGUAUGUUUGAUGCCCGAGAAGCCGAGUUCCGGAGCCGCCAGCCCAGCCGUAACGCAGUCCGUGAUCAUACUAUUUGGUCAAGCUGGGGCUUGGCUGAUCGUCGAAAGGAUCCUGAAGGUAGUGAGCGUAUACUAUGGCCAGAGCACAUUCCAGAUUAUAAUACGGCAGAAUUGCCUUGGUGGGCCUCGUGGUUCUAG